GACAGUACUGCAGCAGCCUAAACAGGACAGGUCAAAAGAUGAGUACGGGACAAGUUAACUUAUGAGUGUGUUGCCUAAUUUAUGGGUUUAAUGCUGUUCAGACUUCUUUCUAAUGCUGGCUGGUUAGUUCAGCAAGCUAAAUAACAGCACACAACAGCAGAUAAUACGUUGUUGCAGACAAACUACAGAGAACGUUAGGCUCUUGCAAGGGCUAGUCAACUUAAGUUCAGACGUUAGCUACGUACUUGUUACCUAGUGACUGAUAGGCUAACCAGCUAGUUGGCUGGUAAAAAUGAAAUACACUGCAUUGUCACGAGCUUAACUUGCAGAUUUUAUUAGCUGACUAGCUCUUCACAAGCGGGCCUUGAGCUGGUACUACUAGGAAGUGGCUAGCUAGCUAACUUUUCCUGUAUUAUUGGAUUGCUCAGACUGUAGCCUACUACUUUAUUACUAUUCGUUUUAAUAAUUUGCUAGCUGGCUGAACAUAUAAUUAAAUUAGCUAACACUUACCGAGUCAAGAAAAAUGUCUUCUCCGUCAUCACUGUCUUGGGCACCAACUUCUUCAGUCUCAAGUUCUUGAUCCUCGGACUCUGGAAAGGGAGGAGGACUACGCUCUGAACUAGUCGCCAUCUUCAUACAUAGAUCUUAAGGUUGUUCUGGUAUGCACAACUAAGUUGCCACAGCAUAGGUGGCCAACGUAUCAGACUGCUAGCUAUCAAACUAUCUACGUAUUGAUGUCUCGUCGCAUUCAUGGAGAGAGUGGCGAUGCAGCUGCACGGGAGCCACUACUCUUCGGCGACUUGUAUCCAUCGUGCCUCGACUCCGACGAAGGAGAAAUUAUUUUCGAAAGUAGCGCAAAAGAUGCUGCUAAUGUGGAGAGUGCACACAGACAACUUUCAUAUGAGGAAGCCAUCGAGGAAGCAGGUUUUGGUUUGUUUCAUGGCCUCCUGUUGGUGGUGUGUGGCUGGGCCAACGCCAGUGAUGCUGUUGAGAUCUUAUGUGUCUCCUUCCUGUUGCCAACUGCUCGUUGUGAUCUGUCGAUCAGCUCCUCAGACAUGGGUCUGUUGACCUCCAGUAUCUUUUUAGGAAUGAUGGUUGGUGGGUAUGUGUGGGGUUACCUUGCUGACCAGAGGGGGCGCCAGAGAGUCUUGGUGAUCUCUUUGACUGUGAAUGGGGUUUUUGGGGCACUGGCUAGUCUGGCCCCAUGGUUCUGGCUAUUCCUCAUUCUGCGGUUCAUCAGUGGUGUGGGGGUGGGAGGUUCCAUCCCUGUCAUCUUCUCCUACUUCUCUGAGUUCCAGCCGCGCUUGAGGAGAGGGGCCAUGAUCAGUGGACUGGCCACCUUCUGGAUGGCAGGAAACAUCCUGGCAGCAGGUCUGGCGUGGCUGGUUAUUCCAUGGAGCUGGGCACAUUUUCCUUUGGGCUCGCUGGAUUUUCAGAGCUGGAGACUUUUCGUGGUGCUGUGCUCUGUUCCCAGCCUGUCGUCUGCUCUCAUCUUCAGGUUGGCCAUGCCAGAAAGCCCCAAGUUCCUCAUGGAGGCUGGCCAGGAAGCAGAGGCCCUACGAGUCUUUAGGUUCAUGUUUGUUCUGAACAACCGACAUUGUCCCAAACCCUUCCCAAUACCUGGGCUCCAAGUCCCUCCUCCACAGAGGAGGAACAGUCUGGACACUCAGGGCCCUGGUUCUCUGUCUAACCUGCUGAAAAAGGCCCUGAGUCCAGUUCAGCAGCUGUUUAAGGCCUCUCUCAGGGAGAGGAGCACAGUCCUGCUCAUCAUAUUUUACUGCAUUUCAUUUGGGUAUUAUGGUCUGUGGAUGUGGUUUCCAGAGUUGUUUAGAAGAAUCGAGAAUGGAGGUUCUCCUUGUGCCAAUGUCUCCCGCUCCCUGACACAGAACAACCACAGCUGCUACCCAGUCCAAACGGCAGUGUACAAGGAGGGAUUUAUCACUGCAGCAUCUAACCUGCCAGGAAACAUAUUCACCAUUCUUAUGAUGGACACCAUUGGAGGAAAGACCUUACUUUCCUGCAGUCUCUUGCUCUCCAGUCUGAGUGUGUUUGCCAUUUAUGAAGUGAAGACCAAAACCCAGAGUCUGCUAAUGUCCUUCCUGUUCAGUGGAGUGUCUGUGGUAGCCUGGAAUGCCCUGGAUGUGGUGGGCACUGAGCUGUACCCCACGCACAUAAGGUCUUCUGCUCUUGGCUUCUUCACCGGAGUAGGCAGAAUUGCAGCCAUCAUGGGUAAUGUAGUCUUUGGCCAGCUGGUAGACACCAACUGUGCAGUUCCUGUGUUGCUGGUGUCGGCCCUGCUGCUGGUUGGAGGGAUAGCCGCUCUCUGCCUUCCCAGGACCAGGCAAGCAGAGCUCACCUAGGGUGGUGGGGACAUGAACUGACCAGGAGAUGACACCAGAAGGCUGUUUGCUGAACAUUUCUGGAAUUUCUAAAGAAAAGUAGUGUGUAUGUACGAGGGAAUUCUUGAGAUGUGACACUAAAGGCUUCAUAAAGGCAUGCAGGAGUCCUACUCUGGUCAUCUGGUGGGUUUUUCAUGUGGGAUUUUUCUCUGACCUCUGUUGUAAUUGACCUGAUUUAAUCAAUCAAUGGUGUAAUCAUUAGAAUCAGGCGGUUUCUAAAGAACAUGUAAAGGAUGGUACUGUGGUUCUGCAGGAACAGGGCUUCUCAGCUCUGGUCUAAAGAUACCAAGUUAAGUCAUGAUAUCCUGACACACAGUAUGUGGCCAAAUCGCACCACUGGAACUCUGUGAAAAGAAACAUUUAGAAAAUGUAACUUCCAGACCUUAAAUAAUUUCUUGCUGAAAUAUUUUUACAUUACAUAUUAAAUUAUGACCACCUCAUGUACAGCUGUGUACUAUAUGUACUUUCAGACCAAAGAGGAUCUGGAACUUGUGUUUGAGUUUUCUUUACAUGUUGUGAAAUCAAGACCACUAGUUCACAAGAACUUUUCAAUCAAAUCUUAACAUGCCAACAACUUGUUAUUUGAAAAGUUUGUAAAAUGCUAGUGAAUGUCUUGUAUGUCCAAGUGUGAAAGAAAGCAGUCAGUACAGCAUGCAUCAGACAGAUGUCUUCUGACUUAACCCCUCGACACAGAAAACACUGUGUUCAGAUCAGGAUCUAUGAAUGCCAUAAUUACAUCAAGUGCUGUGACUUAGUCACUUUGUCUAUAAGCAACUGUACUUAUGUACAGUGUACACAAGAUUGUUCAUAAUUUAUGAAGUGUGGUCCAACAUUUUGUAUAACAUAUGAUUGUUCUAUUUUGUGUUUUUGUAUACACUGGACAAUAGUUAAAGUUCCUACAAUAAAUGCAAACUUAGCCACU